AUGCUGCUGAAGCCUACCAAAAAUACCCAUGAAAGCGGCUGCUCGCCAGCCUCCCCGACGAGCGACAACCUCACAACGACCGAUCUGUCCGACGUUAGAGGCUUCCAGAAAGGACAGCAUCGAGAUGGACGUGUCCCGUCGGUGUGGUCAUGUCGGCCACUUACUUUGAUCACCACGAUCAUUGCCUUCCUUUCGAUCGCAGCCAUAGUACACUCUUUCGUCAACUUGCAGAUGGAUCCUCAAGGCUGCGGUAUGUCCUUCAUGACGCCUACGUACAUCAAGAUGGAGGGCUUCGAUAGCGAAUACUCGCGCUUUGCCUCCAAGUAUGGUCUCUACCUGUAUCGCGAGGAAGGUGUCGACCAGUACGACGCAGCUAAUGGCGAUCUUGGUCUACGGGGCGCACCAGUACUAUUCAUUCCGGGAAACGCCGGCAGCUACAAGCAAAUUCGCAGCCUGAGCAGCGAAGGAGCUAGAUACUGGAAAGGCCAAGAUCGGACGAAGGAGGAAGCAGAGCAGGGCAAAAGAGCAUUCGACUUCUUUACACUUAAUUUUAAUGAGGAUCUGUCUGCGUUCCACGGACAGACCUUGAUCGACCAGGCAGAGUAUGUCAACGAGGCGAUCGCAUACAUCCUCUCCCUCUAUCACCAUCCAGUGCGGGGCAGGAAGGGCGGCAAGCAUCUUCCGGACCCAAAUGCCGUAAUUCUGGUUGGACAUUCCAUGGGCGGCAUUGUGGCCAGAACCGUGCUGGUCACCAGCAAAUACCAGGCGAAUAGCGUCAAUACGAUCAUCACGAUGAGCACGCCACAUGCUCGACCUCCGGUGGCUUUCGAUGCAGAUAUGGUCAGCUUGUACGAUAAGAUCAACAACUACUGGCGAGCGAGUUACUUGCAGGACGAAGACGGCAUGAAUCCUCUGGCUCAAACGACACUGAUCAGCAUCGCCGGUGGUGGACGCGACACAACCGUUCCAUCUGACUAUACCAGUGUCAGUAGCCUGCUUCCCGAAUCCCAUGGCUUCACGGUCUUCACGAGCGGCAUUCCAGGUGUUUGGACUUCUAUGGAUCAUCUUGCUAUCACAUGGGCCGACGAAAUGCGGAAAUCGAUCAUCAAAUGCAUGUACGACAUUUCGGAUGUGCGGAAGCCGGGUCAGACGAUUCCACGCGAAGAGCGGAUGAGAGUCUUCCGCAAUCACUUCCUCACAGGGCUGGAAUCUAACACUCCAAAGCACUUGCUUGAUGCCGGCAGGACUCACGACGUCUUACUCAAGCUUGGCCGCUCGACCAACGAAAAAGAUGCAAGCAUAGCCAUUCGACAACUUGGUGCACAGGACCAGCCGAGUACACAGCUGCUUCAAGUACCCGCCGUCACCCAUCACGGACAGCGAAUACUGUCAGUUCUGACCAACCACAUUCCCAUUGCCUUCUGGCAACUCGAACUCGCCAUCUAUUCAGAUCGAUCAGUCGAAUGGGGCUCAGCUGCCACGAGACUGGCGUGCAAGCGCCCAACCGGCGAUGGCAUUCAGCUACCAGCAUCAACACGAACUUCCCAAAAUGCCUUCGACCGUCAUAUCCCUUUCACCUACCUCCGAUACGACGCCGCAGAUCUGCGAGACUUCCAGUUUGUCGCCAUUGUAGAUAAAGCGACCGAGAUCAGUAACAAUUGGAUCUUUGCCGAGUUUGCCACAAUCGAAUCUGCUACUACUAAGUCCACGGGAAACCUAGCAAAACUUCUUCUGGGUGGCGAAGGGUUCGAGCUACCACCAGCCCGACCGAUGGUGAACGAGAUCACCAUCCCAGCGCUUCACUCAUCAUUGCUCGCAUACAAGCUCAAAGUCCGCCAACAUGGAUGCGGCGAUGAGGCCGAGAUGUUCACACCUCUAGUCCGACAAUACAUUGAGCAGCCGCAUCACGAAAGCAAGUACUUUGUCAACUUCAAGGAAGGCGAUAUCAACCUGCAUGGCGUCGCGCCGUUCAUGCCUCCUUUGCUGGACGGCUCGACACCAGGUGCUGAGGGAGUCACUUUCCAGAUCUUCUCUGACAGCACCUGCAACAGUGCUCUCGAAGUGCAUCUACAUGCAGACCUCCCAGGUUCGUUCGGCAAGCUCGUCAUGCGCUAUCGAACAAUCUUUGCCGUCUUUCCGCUUCUUGUCGUUGCGAUGGUUUUGCGCAAGCAAUUUCGUGUCUAUGACAACACCGGAAUCUUCAUAGGCUUCUCAGACGCACUGGAACAAAGUUUGCGCCUCCCGCUGCCAGUAUUGCUUCUGAGCAUGAUCUUCUUCGCCACGGCUUUCUCAACAGCAGGCAGUAUCUCCUCGCCGGCGCAAGACAAUGCGACUAUGGUCGACUUCAACAAGAACGAUUUGCUGCUUGGCAGCCAGGAUUCGUUCUUCUGGUUUCUUGUCCCGUUGGCCGGGCUGAUAUGCGUCGGCGCUUGCGUGGGUGUUCACUUUCUUGUUUUGGGGAUAUUGCAUUUGUUCGUGGGUGCCAGUCGGGUUUAUGCUCAAGUCACUACCUCGCAAUCUCGACCUGGACCGUCGCCACCAUCCUCCUCCGACGAGAAGGACGGCAAUCACAAAGAGAAGCGGCCACUUCAUACGACGCUUCCACCAUUGCAGAUACUAAGCGCAUCGUCACCUCGCCGUCGCCUCAUCAACACUGUCUUACUCCUCCUUCUUGUCGCCACCGUUAUUCCGUAUCCAUUCGCAUACGUGGUUGCCUGUCUGGUACAGCUCGCCACGACCACACGCGCACUGUCACAGCUCUACACAUCGAGACCGAUCAGCGUACACGCCUCCAAUUUCUUCAACUACACCUACGCUGUGCUCAUCUUGAUGCUGUGGGUGCUGCCACUGAAUCUCCCAGUCCUCAUUGUCUGGGUGCACAAUCUGGCAGUACCAUACUUGUCUGCCUUUGGCUCUCACCACAACAUCUUGGCCAUUGCGCCGUUCAUCGUGUUGGUCGAGACACUUGCCGGCGGAAAGAUGGUACCGCGACUGAGGAUCGCGAAGAAAGGUAAGAAAGGGUCUGCUGGGACUGGCUAUGGGAGACUUGUUACGAAUGUUGGAUUCUUUGCUUUAGCGGUAUAUGCAGCGGUUUAUGGGAUGACGUACGCGUACAGGCUACAUUGGAUUGCUUGUGUAGUGGCCGGAUGGCUGGGUGUGCUUCACUGGUUGGGUGGGAGUAUUAAUAUCGGUGGCAGGCCGCCACCAGGAGGGAAGGUUGUAAAUAGAUGA